AUGGAUGCUUGUGUUUUCUCUCCCCUGGUAUUGAAACAAAGGUCAGACAACCUACAAUUAAUUGGGGGAUACAUUUAAAGGACCCUUGAUUUCCUUUUUCCUCUUUUUGUAGAGACACGAAGGGAAAGUGAUUUUGCGUUGUUGCUGGUUUUGCUGUAUAACCCGGGGUGGGUUUCUGCUGAGCUUUAUAGAACUGCUGCACCCUGUGCUGUACAGCUGAAUUAUUUAGCUGCAUUUCCAAAGCUGGACCAGAGACCCAGCUGGGAAAAAGAAGCAGCUGACCUCCUCCAGGGCAGCCAAAACCUGCACAUAUCUGAUAAGUUCUAAUUGCUCCGACACGCGAGGCACACGCAGAGCCACUGUGUAGAUAUGAUUGCAAAGCCGGGUAACGUCAGCAGCCCAGAGACCGUCAGCAUCCCAGAGACCCUCCUCCAACUCGGAUCAGAGAGAAGCAGCUCAACAGCGCGGAGCAGCAGGUGCCAGAGGAGGCAGCCGGAGCCGCUCACACCAGAGCCUGGGAAACAGCUGCCAGAGCUUUGAUCUCCACAGAGGGUCGGUGGUUUGUUCACUUUACUGUGGAGAAAUUCUUGGAAGGAUGGGUCAGGCAAUAGCAAUGGAUGUGGCAACUACUACAGACAUGAGCAGAGGGGGGGACCCUGAGAGUGGGGAGCAGCCACGUCGGAAACUUCGUUGUUUGUGAAAUCUCAGUCAAUGAAGAGAGUCUGAACUCCGAGACAAAGAAAGGCAAUAAUUAAACACCACAACACUUCCGCUCCAGCGUGAAAAAGCAAACGCUGUGCAAGUGAAGAGCCACCAUCCCUCAAGUCCUCAGAGGGCUGGGAGGAGUCGAACAGGCACAGAGCUCCUGCUGCCCUCCCCGACAGGGACUCCAGCUGCCAACCGCUGAACUGGAGCCACUUGAUUCCCCCAGCAGAGAGCCAAAGCUCACCAGGAUGCUCUUGAAGAGAAGAGUUCCCUGACUUAAAUAGGGAGUUAUAAUUCUCUUGUUUGCUUUGUUCCUGGAGCCUCAUGUGUAUCUUUCAAUUGUUUUCUCCCCCUAGCCCCCUCACUUCUGAUCACUUCAAAAUCUAAAUUCUCAAAGGUGGGGGACAGGACAGGUAAGUUAUAUAGUCCAUGCUGCCUCACAACCCACUCCUAAAUGAGAUAGCAGCUGCUUCUCACAAUAAAAUAAAAUUUAAAAAAGCUGUCCCUUCUGGUCUAGCAAGGCUUUCGGUGACAUCUGAGGGCAGCCUGUGACCGGCAGGCAUGGGAAACAGCUCUGUUUGGGAUGAGCUGAACAGCACCUGCAGCAAUGCUGGCAACAGCUGCUAUCUGGACAAGAGCGUGAGGUUCAACUUAACCUUCCAAGAGCAGGCAGCCGAUUUCUACAUCGUCCUCCCUGUCAUUUACUCUGUGAUCUGCGCUGUUGGGCUCACAGGCAACACUGCCGUCAUCUACGUGAUCCUCAAGGCCCCCAAGAUGAAGACUGUGACAAACAUGUUCAUCCUGAACCUUGCUAUAGCUGAUGACUUGUUCACACUCGUCUUGCCCAUUAAUAUUGCUGAACACCUUCUCCACUACUGGCCCUUUGGAGAAGUCCUCUGCAAGGUCAUCUUGUCCAUAGACCACUACAAUAUCUUCUCCAGCAUUUAUUUCCUAACAGUGAUGAGCAUAGACAGGUAUCUGGUAGUACUGGCUACAGUCAAGUCCAAGAGGAUGCCACAUCGUACAUACAGAGCUGCCAGGAUUGUCAGUUUGUGCAUCUGGAUUCUAGUCACCAUCAUAGUCCUUCCUUUCAUCAUUUUUGCCAAUGUCUAUGUAGAUGACCUGGAGAUCAAAAGUUGUGGUCUCAAUUUCCCCAAGCCUGAAAGGUUUUGGUUCAAAGCCAGCAGGAUUUACACCCUCAUCCUUGGCUUUGCCAUUCCAGUAUCCACCAUCUGCAUCCUCUACAUCAUGAUGCUCUACAAGCUGAGGAACAUGCACUUGAACUCUAAUGCUAAAGCCUUGGACAAAGCCAAGAAGAAAGUCACUGUUAUGGUCUUCAUAGUCCUGGCUGUGUGUCUCUUCUGUUGGACACCCUUCCACUUGGCCACCAUUGUGGCUUUGACCACAGACUUGCCCCAGACCUCCAUGGUCAUUGGUCUAUCCUACUUCAUCACCAGCCUAAGCUAUGCUAACUCGUGCUUGAAUCCCUUCUUGUAUGCUUUCCUGGAUGACAGUUUUCGGAAAAGUUUCCGGAAGAUGCUGGAAUGCAGAACUUCUUGAACAGUGGGGGCUGGGGCUCAUGGAUCCCUUCCCUCCCGUGGCUUUGCAGACUGAUGGGGUGGCUACUGAAUGCACAAUGUUCUUUCUCUCAUUUACAUGUAACAUAUGUGUCUGCGUAUCAUUACCAUCCACAUGGUCUGCCCUGCUUGCUUUCAGCUCUUGCAUUUUCCCUCCCUGCACCUUCCAGCUCCUCAAAGUUGCAUUUCCAUGUUCUUAUUUUUUAAUGACACACUCUGAAGCAUUAAGGACAGAAAACUUCCUUUUCAGAGGUGAACUUCUACUGUAUAGUGGUCCUUUAUUGCCAUCUGCUGUACAGCACAGACAAGCUGGAGAGCAGCUUUCAGAUUAGUGUAAUGCUCAGUAUUUAAUAGCUGUUAUUGGGAGGGCUGUUUCACGGAGCAAAGCUAAGGAGCACUUUCAAUGAAAUAUCAAUAAAACAAACAGAGGAUGCAAGAUGAGUAUUUGGAAGAGAAAACAAACCACUUUCAUGUCCAUGUAUGUGCAUAUGUGUGUUAUUGCUUGUUUUUUUGAGGAAUGUUUAUUUUCCACCCCUACCCCAAAUUCCCUCUUUCCUGAACUCUUAACACAAGUUAAAUUUAAACCAGAAGCAAGAUUUGGGUCUCAGAGAAAGUGUUAAACAACACACCAUACAAAUAAUAUGGCACCUGUGGGAAUCUGUGGUAGAAAUUAUUUUUAACUAAUUGUUCCUGUUAAAUGUCAAAUAAAUAUUUAUUUAAGAGUGAUUAAUUAAAUAAACCUCAUGGAAAAAAAAAAAA